ACUACAUUUGACAAAUGCGUCACCUCCAGGUUUCUCUUAGAAAAUUAUUCAUAUUACAAUUGCUUCCCCAUCGUACAUUUGAACAUUAUUCCUACUGUAAAUAUUCGUACAUAUGGACCAGUCGAUCAAACUAAAUCAGUCUUGUUCCCCAUCACCGAUGCAGAAUAAACUAGUGAAUGGAAUUCAAACGAAGUCGAGUUAUGAAGAUUGUGAUUAUUGUCAUAUGCUUUGUAAUACCCAAAAACUUAAGCUUAAUGCUGCUCCACUGAAUCCUAUCAGAGACACACCAUCAAUGAGAGGUUCAUUAAAUACGGUUGAAAAUCGACAGAAUGUUUCUGGACCACUCUGUCGACAAAUAACCUCUUCUAUAACACCGUCAAAUCCAUUAAUGUCACAUUAUAAAUCUGUUGGUUUACAGUUAACCUCCAGUAAUCAUAUUGUAUCAAUGCUAUCAGUUUCCAAACCAUUACCUGUUCAACAAAACUCAUCAUCAAUAUUAUCAUCUAAUUCAUUAUCUUCACCAAUUCAACAUAAUUCACUAGUAAAAGCAUUAUCAUCAUCGAUGUCUUCAGUAUUAUCAUCGCCAUCAACCAUUUGUACAUCGAUGCCAUUUUCCAAUCAUAUCUAUCCUUCAUACUAUUCUUCUUUUUCACAUAGUGUAAAACCUAUCUCAAGUGUUAAACCUUACUCAACUUCUAAUCAUACACAUUCAGAGUUAUCUGAUAUGCAUGAUCAAAAGUGUAAAUCAUUUCAUCAAGUAAUUGAUCGAUUAAAUUUGCCUACUACAUCAAGUAUCAUGAAUUCGUCUGGUGAAGGUUGUGCUUAUCAUUCAAUACCAAUAAAUCUAUCUACUAAUAGCUUAUUAUGCCAAAGAAAAACAUUCCAAAUCCCGUGUUCAAGUGUUUUUGAUUUUUCGCCUCCAAAAGCUGCAAAUAUCACAAGCAAUAAUAAUGAUUAUUUGUCUAUCAAUUCCCAUUCAAAUAAUAUUCAACUCCCAUUGUCUGGUUUAAAUACUUCUUCAUCAUCAUCAUCACCAUCAUCGUCCUUAUUCGCUUCCAAGACUACACCUAUAACAACACAAUACUCUACUGUGUCUUCCAUUCAAAUGAUCGAUAGUGAUAAUAAUGAUAGUAAUAAUGAUGAUGGCAUUACUGACAAUUUAAGUUCACCGAAUGGUUUCAAAAGUUGUUUGAUUGAUAGUACAAUAUGUAAUUUAAAUGUUAGCAAAAAGUGUGGUAGUCCUGUUUCCUCUUCGUCAAAAGUCGAGAAUUUAUCUACAUCGCUUGUUUCAAAUUGUUCAACUGAUGAAGAACAAUCACAAGGUCUUCCACGUUUCAACUUACGCUAUGCUAAUGUUCUCCAUUAUCCCAAAUAUUCAAAUCGUAGGAAUUCAGGCUUUGAAAGACGGCUUAAACACACUGGACUUGUUUUAGAUGCAAAAUCAACUUUACGCCUAUUAAGAAAAUUUUUACAACCAUUUAUUAAUCGUGACGUUGAUCAACUAGUUAAAAAAUAUAUGGAUAAUUUCAUCCUACUGGCUGUGAAUAAUAUUCGUGAAGCAUUGGGAGAGCAGUCUGUAUCUGAAUCGGAUUUGAAUAGAUUUCGUCAAAGUUUAAUACGAAGGGUUGCCUUGCGUUAUUUUUCUGAACGUUCUCAAAGUUAUACUGUUAAUCCACAAGGACAUGCAAAUAAUUCCAUGCAAGAGACUAGUACCAGCAACUUGAGUGUACAAAAAGAGAACAAUAUUAAACAGUCAAAUAUGAGCGUAAUUUCACAGUCAAAAACUACUAGUCUUUGUAGUAGUGCAUCAAAAUGUGCCAAUGUCAAACUCCAGUCUCGCAUUCUAACUCCUGAUUCAUUAGAAUCAAUAUCUGUGAGUAAUUCACCACGUCUUUCAUCAACUGCUACAUGCGAUUCAAUUAGCUCUUCAGAGAAACCUUUAUUUUCUACUGAUAACCUUGACGAUAGAACAAAUAAAACGCUUCAAAGUGUUCAAACGAAUGAAUGCAGACCGGCUUCUCAAGACUAUGAAUCACAGUAUAGUUUGAGAAAUAAUGCAUCAUUUAGAAGUUCGCGUAAAAGAGCACAUCCAUCCAAUCAUUCAACAGCUACUGGUUUACACGAAAAUUCUACAUUUGGAAGGAACAGUCCGGCCAAAAUUAACUGUGAGUCGUUGACUUCAGACUGCAAUGUAAAUGACUCGUCAGAAAAGUAUCCGUGUUUGCCACUGUAUUCUCAGUCACCUUCAUCAGCUUCCUCAAAUUCUACAAUCGGUUUUUUUCGUGAUGCUUGCAGUUCUGAUAGUGAGGAAACCUUAAUGGGUUCCAAUGCAACAGUAUCAGAGCCAGGGAAUGCAGUCACAAAGUUAUCAGCAUAUAAAUCUAACUAUUCACCUGUUGGCUUACGGUCGAUUACACAUUCCAAUACCCAGUCUCGCAGAAUAAAAUCAAAAGCAUCAAGAGGUCGAAAAACCCCAUGGUGGGAUAGAACUCGUGCAAAGAAAUCCAAACCAAGUAACAAUAAAAAUAAUAAUCGUCAGCGAAACAAAACUGAAUAUGGAAAGUAUAAAGAUAAGUUGAUGAAUGACAAAAGUUUACCUACUCAAAAUGACAAUCAACCUAGUAAAAUGGCAUCUAGUCAACCUACAACUUCAUCCAUGGUUCGUAAUAAUACUCCAACCAACGACAAUGAAUUUUACAGUGAAAAUAUUAAUCAUGAUAUUCCUGAUAAAGAUGAGAGUCAUAUUGUGAAAAGCUUAUCACAUUUAUCCAGAAAGUCAUGUAUUCAGGGGGAAAAUAAUGUCGAUGCUUCAGUUACUAAGCGUAACAAUUCACAAAAAUUCAAGUUUGAUCAAACUACACAGUUUGCUUUAGGCUCAUCAGCAAAUACAUGGUUAGGAAUGGGCACUGCUCGUGGUCGUAUUUAUAGUAAGCAUCCAGAAUUAUUUCGUUAUGCUUGUGAUAACGAUGAUAAAGCAUGGCUUGUCCAAACUGGUAUUAUAAUUAGUCAUGGUGUAAGGGCGUAUUUAGUUCAUGCAGAACAAGUUUAUCAAAUUGCUGGAGAGAUGAAUGCCUGCAAAACAAAGUCUACUUUUGUAGGACGUUCAGAAACGCUUAGAACAUUUAAAUUACCUCAAUGGAUUUUACUAAAAGUAAAAAAUGCUGCAUCGAAUCAUAGAUUUUUCAUAAGUGAAACAAAAUCACUUAAUACUAAAUCCUCAAAGAUGAAGUCAUCUAGUUCUUCAUCGUCAAAUCAGUUUGGUGCAUUGCCUGAAACAGACAUCAGUAGUACUAUUACUAGUGAUAAAUCAAACAUAUACAACUCUCUACUCCCAUUAAAUCGAAUAAAAAGUAUUGAUUCUGUAACAGAAGAUUUUCAGAAUUCAUCAGUCAUCAUAUCAGCACCAUCAUCUUCAUUCAUGACAUCUAAAUCCUCCUUGAAUACUUUAUCAUAUCAAGAACGGGAUAACGAUCAAGAUGAGUACAAUGAUACUUCUUCAACAAAUAAAAAUGAUAGUAAAUUGAAGAAUAGAUCAACUGUUCAUCAUCAUCAUCAGUAUUAUUCAAAGACUGUUGUUGUAGAUAGUACUUCGAAGUCAGUUCAUCAUUCACAGCCUAGUCCAAAUCCUCCAACGUUGGAGCGUUUGAUUAUACUAAUAAUAACAAUACCAGAUGAAAAUAUUUACUAAUAUCUUAUACUUGACUUACAGUUAAUAAAAUGUUGAUAUUUUCAUAAGUUGUCUUUCAGUCAUAAAUUUAUUCACCCCAUUAUUUAAAAAGAGAAGAAGAAGCUUGUAUAAAUUCAUUGUGUUCUCAAUCUGUUUGUCAUAUCUAUUGCUUUCUGUUUUUUUCAUAUUUCUUAGUGAGUUUUUAUUGUUUAGUAAUUUUAAUCAGUUUAUGCAAUUGUAAAUAUAAGCUGUGCGCAUUAGUUGUUCGUCUGUAUAUAUACUUGAUUUUUCUGUCAAAGGCUGUGUAAUCAUCAUGAUUUAUUUUCUUAUUAUGUGUCAUUCCUCGCCUAUCUCCGACUUUUUCUCUCUGAUCCAUCUUACUGUCUUGUAUUGCAUAAUUCUCCUUCUGCAAAUAUAAACAUUUUAUCCUCUUUCUCUAAUCUACACCAUACUAUUUUCAUACAUAACUUUGUGUCUACUCACCAUUUUAUUUGUAAACAGUCUUGCUUUUAUUCACUGUUGUAGUUAUUAUUUGUCGCAGUUCAUAUAUGAAAACUUUUUGUACACAUAACUUCAAUAAUUUCUUCUCCUCACCUGUCGUCGUACGCUACCUCCCGAAAUACUUGAACUGAUUUUUGAAAAAAAAAAGCAUAAUUAUGUAUUUUUCCUUCUUCUUGUAUUGUUGUCUUUCAUUUUCAGUAGAAACAAGAGAAAAAAAAGAUUAUGAUUCCGUGUAAUGUAAUAUAAUUUUUAAACAUGAUUACAUUUACACUAAUGUGUUUAUUUAGGUUAGAUAUAUUGCAUGACUGGCUGAUCAGUUAAUAAAUCUCGCAGG